UAGAGAUAUCACAGUUGUCCACUAUCUGAGCGAUGGUUCUCGGCUACGUGUUGUGGCUCAUCGUGUCCGUAGCUGCCUUCAAACUUGUCCUAGCAGGAACAUUGCCUGGUUCACUGUUGUAGCAACGAUCACAGCAUGUAGACUCUAGCGAUGGUUUUGUGGACAGCAACAAUCCUUCUGGAGGUCAAGGGUCAAGAAGAUGAACUGUGGGAUCCUUGGGCAGACAACUGCGAGUCCAUGGUCCGCUGUAACCUGACUGAACCCCAGACCGACCCCAUGCCCUACAUAGUUACUCUCAACAGACCAUACAUCAACAGCGAUCAGGCGGUGUACGUUUAUAUAAGAGCACUACCGCCACUCAGUUUCCAGGGGUUCAUGAUUCAGGCUCGAGACGACAAGACCGGUCAGGCUGUCGGAGAGUUCGACACAGACAACAGGAAGAUCAGCGUUAUAAACUGCUUCGGCAGGCCAGAUGUAAGUAUUAUGAUCAGUGUUGGAAUAAAUCGCUGUAAAUAUUUAAUUCAUAACACAAUUCUGAGGGUGUUAGGGAUAGUCUGA